AUGACUCCCCGUCCGGGCCGCCCAACACCCCCGAGGGGGCGAGAGUUUGUCAAACGGAAGGGGCGCGGUGAAGCGCCCGGCCGCUGCGGCAACCCCGGCACGCCGGGAGAUUCGCAGACGACCAUCCAAUUGCCCCCACUAAGCCCUUCAGCACCAGUCCGCCGCAGCGUCAACCGUUGCCCUGACGGGCGCAGGCUGGCUGCGACAUGUGGAGUUCAGGUGGAGGAUCGCGGCCCGUGGCACGCCGGCGAACGGCGGAACCCACAGACCCCAUCAGUGCCCAGGACCAAAAGGCUCUGGGACUUCGGACGCCGAGGCGGUGAUCCGGAGCAGCACCCCGAGGGGAGGCACUCCAAACCACUGCGACGGCGGACGAUCACCCUCGAUGCUGGACCCGGGCCGAAGCCUCAGUAG